AACAACUGUUAAUUGCUGCGCCUGCAAGCUAGCCGGUUACAGCUAGCUAAAAGGUGCUAACUGGUUUGCUAACUGACAGAGAGUGUAAAAAUGAAAAUAAUAAAUGACUUUGGUGUGACAAAGCAACAUCCUUCCGAGGGGGGCGCAGUGUCAGGCGGUGUCAGGAGCGUCCUGUGUUGGUGCAUUCUGAUGUCGAUAAGAGGCUGCUGUUCAGAGUCGAUACAUCUCUAGGGGAGAAAUGACCAUCAUGGGCAAGCUAGUGGUCCUCUUUGUGCUACUGAGUAUUUGUGGAGCCAACAAAUGGAAAAAGAAUUUUAAAUGUCCUUCAGGAUGCUCGUGCACCAAAGAAACCAUCAUGUGUGUUGGCACCUCGCACGUCCCGAGAACCAUACCGAGUGACGUCACUUCACUGAGCAUCGUAAACGGCUCUAUUGCAGAAAUCACUGAGGGGAUGUUUUCACUCAUGCCUUCCCUGCAGCUACUGCUUUUCAAUGCAAACUCUUUAACUACAAUUAAAGACGAUGCAUUCUACGGCCUCCUGCAUCUGGAGUAUUUGUUCAUUGAAGGGAACAAGAUUGAAAGCAUCGGCAAAAAUGCCUUUCGUGGUCUACGAGAUCUAACUCAUCUGUCACUUUCCAAUAACAAGAUGAGGUUUCUGCCAAGAGAUCUAUUUUUUGACUUGGAUUCAUUGCUGGAACUAGACCUGCGGGGCAACUAUUUCCAGUGUAGCUGUGAGAACAAGUGGCUGAUGACGUGGCUAAGAAACACCAAUGCCACUGUUUCUGACGUCUUCUGUGGAGGCCCUGCUGACAUGAAGGGCAAGCGACUCAAUGAUCUACCUAUUGCACCUGGCCAGUGCAUGUCUACAGACAUUGUGCGUCACCAGUCCAUUCCCAUUCAGUCUAUGUCGGCGGACAUCUUCUUCUUUAAAGAAGACAUCUAUGUGGCCAUGGCUGCACCCAACUCUAACAGCUGUGUGGUCAUGGAAUGGGAUCACAUUGAAAUGAAUUUCAGAAAAUUUGACAACAUAACAGGUAAGUCUGUCGUCGGGUGUACAUCGGUUCUGGUGGACAACCACGUCCUGAUCAUUGUCACGCAGCUCUUUGGGGGCUCUCACAUCUAUAAGUUUGACGACCAACAGAACAAGUUCACAAAGUUCCAGUCCAUCGAGGUCUUCAACAUCUCCAAGCCAAAUGACAUUGAGGUGUUCCACAUGGAUGGCGAGUGGUAUUUUGUUAUAGUAGACAGUUCCAAAGCGGGCCUAUCUACUCUUUACAAGUGGACCGACCAACCAGACCGCAACCAAACGGGUUUCUACACCUAUCAGUUCCUCCAUGAAUGGUUUCGCGAUACGGAUGCCGAGUUUGUUGAAUUGGACGGGAAGUCCUACCUCAUUUUAGCCAGCCGCUCUCAGCCACCUGUUCUCUACCUGUGGAACAAGAGCACGCUCAAGUUCAUGCUACACAGUGAAAUCCCAAACAUUGAAGAUGUGGUGGCUGUCAAAGCUUUCCGUCUAGAAGGUGACUUGUAUCUGGCCAUGACGUGCUACAUCGGUGACUCCAAAGUUCUUAAAUGGACCAGUAAACAGUUCACAGAGAUGCAGGCUCUACCCUCUCGAGGGGCAAUGGUCCUCCAACCUUUCUCCUUCACGGACAGACACUAUUUGGCUCUCGGCAGUGACUACUCCUUCACACAAAUCUACCUCUGGGACACCGAGACCAAAACUUUCCACAAGUUUAAGGACAUCUAUGUGCAGUCUCCGCGCUCGUUUACUGCCGUCACCACUGACCACAGGAAUUUCAUCUUCUCUUCCAGCUUUAAGGGUAAAUCCAUGGUGUUUGAACAUGUUAUAGUAGAUUUAAGCUUGUAAGGCAAGUGUGGAGGGGUGUCACAGGAUCUCAUAAUAUUAAAACAUGACAAGAAUUCUCUUCAGAAAAAACAGUUUUGCAAUUCUAAAUCACAUGAUAGAUGAAAAUGAACUUGAGACGUUUGCUGGCCUCCAUAUAUUGCCAUGUGCAUGCGUGUCUGUUUACCUCAUCUUUCGCUUCCAAACAGGCAGGAAGAGAGUUGACUGUGCUUCAUAGAGCAACAGCAUUCCUUAGAACAAGGGUGAAAGAGUGAGACCUCUUGUCAGUCAUACAGCGUUUUGUCUCUGAGGAGAGAGGGGCCUCUAACUUACACACAGCAAAAGAGUGGAGCUUUGUUAACGUAGUAGAAGUUAGGAGGCGAAAAGAUGCUUGCAAAGCCAAAUGCCCUCAUGUGGGAAUAUUAAUAAUAAGCAAUAUGAGCCCAUCAACAUGAAUGAGCCAGUAUCCAGAAUUUAUUUGAAAGUGGUCGCAACAUAAAAGGCAACAAAACAAACUUGCCCACCUCAAACAUGUCUACCCAAGCCGGUUUUGUCAUCUGGGAAAAAUGCUACACAUGGAAAUGGAUGAUUUGUUGCUGCGCUAUUGGGGUCAUUUUGGUUGGUCGGCCACACCUGGGAAAGUUCACGACUAUUCCGUGUUUUCACCAUUUGCGGAUAAUGUAAUCAGUAAUCUGGCAGUGUUUUUAUACAGCUAAAAAUCCCUCAAUAAUAAGUAUAGUAACAAUACCCUAAACCGUGGCCGUAAAUGGAACUUCUAAUCGCUUCGGAUGAGCUGGUUGGCUCCUUGCAUGGCAGCCUCCAACGUCAGCGUGUACACGUCAAUGCUUAUUGUACAGUAAUAUCUAAUGUCCGCUUUUACUGUAUUAUGCAAAAGCAGUGAACGAGAGAAGUUUGUCUAGUUUGCUGCUAUGGACUCAUACCGUUGUCUGUGGUGACACAACAGCAGAAUGUGAUGAGCCGUCUGUUAACAUGCACAACAUUUAUUGACCUAUGCAACAUGCAGAAUACAAGUCUGUGCUGCUAUUGAAAUGCAAAUUGCAUAUUUUUGGAUUACAGCUCAUUUGGUGCAAGAUUAACACCAACCUUUUUUACUUUACUUGAAAGCUGUGGUAAUUGUGGUCUUUAGUGUAUCUGUCACUGUAUCUGUGAACUGCAUUAGCAAUGGUACGUAACUGUGUAUUUAUUAAUUGUAAAUGUAAAGUCAAAAACGUACGUCAUUUUGUCUGUAUAUUAAAGAAAUAUACCUUGAAUGAAUAUGCCUUCAUGUGUUGUCUUGGUCUUUUUUCACUUAAAAUGUGCAGAUA